AUGCCGCCGGAUCGCUCUUCUUUCUCGGCCCUGAACCUGCCGCCCAGCUUCUCGCUGCCGAUCUGCAUGGACUACUUCACGCUCUCUGCAGGGCCAAACACAAAUCUGUGGAGGAAACCGCCGAAUGGAGAUACCUCGACAGCGCCCAUGGUGUUCACCUCGCUACGCCGCCCCUUUGUAGUCGCCGAGGUGACCAUCAGCGCCGACUGGGAAAUGGAAUGGGACCAAGGCGGGCUCGUCAUUUUCGCAGGCAGCGCCCCGGGCCAGUCUUCUGUCGUCGAACCUCUCCCAUUUUCUGGUGGUGGUGGUGGCAGCCACCACCACCACCACCACCGCGGCACGCGCAACUCGGCAUUUUCCCGGUCUUGCAAAUGGGUCAAAGCCGGAAUGGAGUUUUCGUCAGGCACUGUGAAUGCCUCAUCGGUCAGCGCGACCUCGGACGGGGCCGACUGGUGUCUGUCGCCGUUGGCCAUGCCCAAUAUCCCGACCAACAUCACAUCGCUGCGCAUCAAGCUCGAGCGUGUCGGCCACUCGCUCUGGAUCUGGUACCAGAUCCCGUCGCUGUCGCCGUACGCCGUGACCCCCGGCGCUGUGGGUAGCACGUGGAAGAAACUGCGCGAAGUCACUUGGUUUUUCUACGGGGUCGAGGACAAAUGCGUCCAUGUGGGUGUCUAUGCCAGCCGUCCGACCAGCAUCCAGCGCGGAGGCACCGUGUGGGAAGCAAUGAACGGAGUGCGAAACGACGCGUCCGUUGGCGACGACGGCGGUGGCAGCGGUGGCGGCGGCAACAAGCUGGUGGUGGAAUUUGAGGACCUAGAGAUUUUUUGA